AUGAAAAAAGUAACAAUCAUAAACAGUAAAUCAAAACAACUGAACCAAAAAAAAAAAAUGUCAUUUGCAACAGGGAACCAACAACCACUUAAGGGCACUAAUUUAUUCAAGCCCAUGAAAUUGGGUAACAUGGAAUUAGACCAUCGUGCCGUUAUGGCUCCAUUAACCAGAUUGAGAGCCAUUUACCCUGGUCAAAUCCCAAAUGUUGAAUUAUCCAGUGAAUAUUACGAUCAACGUUCCAAGAGACCAGGUACUUUCUUAAUCUCAGAAGCUGCUGUUAUUUCUCCACAAGCUGGUGGUAUUGAUGAUGUACCAGGUAUUUGGAACGAUACACAGGUUGAAGCAUGGAGUAAGGUUAUUAAGAAAGUUCAUGAUAAUGGAUCUUACAUUUUCAUUCAAUUUUGGGCCUUAGGACGUCAUGGACUUCCAGGUAAUUUGAAAAGAGAUGGAUUGAGGUACAUUUCUGCCUCAGAUGAUGUUUACAUUGAUAAUGCACACAAGGAGGCUGCCUUCUAUUCUAAUAAUCGUCAACAUGGGUUAACUAAGGAUGAGAUUAAAGGUAUUAUUCAAGAUUUUGCUAAUGCAUCUAAAAAUUCCAUUAAAGCUGGUGCCGAUGGUGUGGAAAUCCAUAGUGCCUUUGGAUUUUUCUUGAAUCAAUUCUUGGACCCCAUUUCAAACAAGAGAACUGAUGAAUACGGUGGAUCCAUUGAAAAUAGAGCUCGUAUUGUCUUAGAAGUUGUCAAUGCUUGUAUUGAUGCUGUUGGUGCCAAGAAAAUUGGUAUUAGGUUGACACCAUGGGGAAGAUAUUUGGGAAUGUCUGGUGGUAGCGAUCCAACUUUAUUGGCUACCUUUGCCUAUUUGUUAGGUGAAUUGGAAAAGAGAGGGAGAGCUGGUAAACGUUUAGCUUAUGUGCAUUUGGGUGAACCUCGUGUUACUGAUCCAUUUUUACCAGAGGGUACCGGUAUGGAUAUGAAUGGUACUAAUGAUUUUGUCUUUUCCAUUUGGAAAGGUGCUAUUAUUCGUUCAGGUAAUUUGACCUUGCAUCCAGAAAUUGUUAAGAAAAUGGUUGAAAAUGACAGAACUUUGAUUGCAUAUGGGAGAUUUUGGAUUUCAAAUCCUGAUUUACCUGAUCGUUUGGAGGGAGGAUUACCUUUGAACAAAUAUAACAGACAUACAUUUUUUGGUAGAACUGCUGAAGGUUUGACUGAUUAUCCUACUUAUUCUGAAGCAGUUGCCUUAGGUUACAAGCACGAAGAAUAG